AUGCUUGAAAAUAAAGGAAGACCCGUCUCUUUUAAAAGCAACGUCCCUUCUACCAUAAACUUCACGUUCUAACUUUUGUUCCGCUCAUCUAUUUCUUAUCAUACCAACUUUUCAUGAUUUAGUUUUUUAGUUUCCUAUCUGAUUAUUAUACAUAAUACUAAUAGAUUAUAGUGUUACAUAUAUUUUCCUGUAACAAUAUAAUUUGUAUAAACUAAUUGAUUCUCAGGCUACUGAUCUGUUUAUUUUCAAGAAGAUCACCAAUCGCCUGUUUUAAUUUCCCAGUUUUUUUUUCUUCUUCUUUAGUUUAUUACUGUUUGAUCUAAGAUCAAUCUCAAAUUCUCAAUGGCCACCGUUUUGUAUCCAAACGCAAAGGAACAAACAAUUGCUACAACUACAAAGAAUCAAAUAAGAAUCAAAACCCCAAAGAAAAACAAACGAGGUAGUAAUUGUAAUUACAUAUCUAACCCCUCUCAGAAUUUUGACACGUAUGCAGGUCUCUUGAAUCUUCCUCAACAGAAACAACCACCUUUGCUACCUCUUCCACAUGUUUCUGCAAUUCUUCAUCACAACAAACCUUUACUUCCACGAAACCUAAACACUCAAAGUUUGUCUCUGACACCAAAGAAAUCCAAACCAAAAAAGAGUUCAGGAACACAAUCUACAACAGAUUUUCUUAUGGAUAAUCCAUGGGGACCUGACCCAAAAAAUCUGCCAGUUGUUAUUGGAAUUGGAAACAUGGACGUUUUUUCAGAGUCGGUUUUCAAUCUUGCUCCACCACCUAGUAGCUUACCGUUGCCAAAAUUUUCUAUGAGAUCAAAACUCAGUUGCAAAACCGAAGCUGCGGCGGCCAGUAGUUUUGUUGAUGACGGAGCAACCAAUAAUCUCCGGCGACUUCUACGCCUCCGGUGAAGUUGUCGCUCUUUACUUUACGUCAAUUAUAUCACACGUUACGUUACUUACUACAUGGAAAAUGUAUUAAUUAAUUUGGCUAUUAGUGUUUUAUUAGUAUUAAUUAUUAUGUAAAUAAAAUAAUCGGCGACAGAUUUUUAUUUUGCCGGUUUUGUUUUGUUUGUUGUUGGUGAAUUUGUGUGUGACCGCCUAUGUUGUUUUUGAAGCAGGGGUGCACAGAAAUGAUGUGUGUGCAUAUAUAUGUUGUUGAUUAUGCACCAUCACUUUAAUUCCAUAUAAAUAGUACUAUGUGUAAUUUCUUCUUACAUUUUAUAAAACUUGUAUUUCCAUAA